CUGCGCGUUGCCAAGCCUAGUACAUGAAAUUGUCAAUGCUGCUCUUUUUUACCCUGUGUUUAAAUAUUUAAAUUUAUAAUAAUAAUAAAAUAUUUAAAAAAAAAAAUAUACAAAUAUAUAUAAAAGUUUUUUGUUUAAAUUUUAUACGCGAGUGUUUUGUAUACAUAAAAUAUAAAUAAGUAAAAUAUUGUUAAUAUAAAUUUAAAUUUAAAAUUGUUGACUGGCUGUGGUUAUAAGUGAAUAUAAAAGUGAACGUGAGCUUUUUAAAAAUAUAUAUUACAUUAGAUAGACAUACGAGUAAUUUAUUGAUUGGUAGAGUAUAUAACGGAAUAGAAAAAUAAUUAUUUAAAAUGGGAGGACGACACAGCAAGAGGUCUAUGGACGUGACAACGACACCGAAAAAAGAUGGAAUCCCCGCAGAGGGCGAUGCACCGGCUGUAGGUGAUGGUAAAUUGGAGAGGAUCGAGGAAGCUGAUGCUAACACCACUAAACCCACCACCAAUGGUGUUGCUCCACAUACGGACACUCCUGAGGACAAAGACAAUGUCAAUGAAAAGGAAUCUGCUACAGAAAAAGACAAAGAAAAGGAUGACGAUGAAAAUAAAGCAGCUGAUGAAUCUAAACCAGAAUCUCCAGCAGCCGAAUCACCAGCGGAAACUGAACAAGUAACGACACCUACUGAAGGCACACCAGCGAGUCCUAAAGAAGUGACAUCUCCAGACACUAAAGAGGCCAAGAAGAAGGACAAGACAAAGAAAAAAUGGUCGUUCAGAUCGAUAAGUUUCAGUAAGAAAGACAAGAGCAAACCAGUACGUGAAGAUACACCGAAAAAUGGUGAUGUUAGCAAAGAAGAACCACUUACUGAGGGCGGAGAGGAAGGCGAAAAUGCAACCGAAGCAGUGAGUCCAGCUGAGGACAAGUCGGCAAGCAGCCCAACAGACUCCUUGCCCGAAUCAAAGGACGAGGAGAAGGUUUCCCCCUCAGCUGUGACUGCAAGUCCAGCGGAUGAGAACAAAGAAGCACCCUCAUCUCCCGCCCCAACUCCCGUCCCCGAGGCCAAGAAAGAGGAAAACGAAGUGCCAGUGGAGAAAGUCGAGGUCAGUCCAGCGCAGGGCGCCCCAGUAGAGAGCAUACCAGAAGUUGAAGCUCCAGUUGAAAACAAUGUCGCUGAAAAAACGGAAACUGUUGAAGAAGAAAACAAAAGUCCAGUACCACCAGUAGUUUCUGAACCACCAGCAUCACUUGGACCUGCUAUCACUGAAGAUGUUACUUCAGUUACUAAAGCCGUCGAAGAGAUUGAUAUUAAUGAGAAAGCUGUUGCAGCGGCAGUAAAUGAAAACAUUGAAGCUGUCAACAAAAAUGAAAUAAUUGCCGAAAUGAAUCAUCAAAACAAUCUGAACGAAUAAACGUCAUCAUAAAAAUUGUGUAUUUUGGGGUCGAAGAAAAAAAAAACUAAAAACUUUUUUUUUCUCAUUAAAACCAAAAAAAAUAAUAAUUAUAUUAUAGAUAUGUAUAUUUGGACCAUUCCUGCAAUUUAAAACCUGAAACAACUCAUUUUUUUUUACGAGCAGCAAUUCAUUAACAUCAACAACAACAACAGAAACAACAACGUCAACAUAAUUAAUUAAUUUAAAAUAAAACAAAAAAAUAAAGAAAAAAAAAAAUUGUAAAUCGAGUUGCCACGAGCGUUCGUCACAAUAAAAAAAAUCAACUCAUUCGUGCGCCUAAUUAAUUAAUAUUAAUUUGUAUUUUAAUUCUGACUGACGGCAGGAUGGCGGCGAGUUUUUUUUUUUUUUUUUUUACAAUUUGAUAAUAAAUAAAAAAUAUAAAAUAAUUAAAUAAACGAAUGGUAGAUUUAACGCUCGAAAACAAUAGAUUAGUUAAUACGGCAACGCAUUAAUUAAUUAAUGAUUAAAUUAAUUAAUUAAUUAAUAAAUAAAAUAAUGAUAACAGUCCUGACAUUGGGCCGUGCCCAAUAAGGUUUUAAUAUUAAAAAUGAAUAAUUAAUAAUAUUAAUAAUAAUGAUAAUUAUUGAUUAAUAUCCUCUGCAAAUAAUGUAGAAAUUAAAACAAGUGUCAUUAAUUGUUAUUAAGAUAUAUUAUUAUAAAUACGCAUAACUAAUAUUUUAUUUUAUGUUUUUUUAAUUAACGAGCGAUUCGUUUAUUUUAUUUUAUUUUUUUUUAACUCGUUUAUUUUUAUUUUUAAAUUUAUAACAAAGGAAUUAAAUACUCAAGGUGCCGGUUUUAAAAUCUCCCCAUGCUAUUAAUUGUCUAGUGGUAAAAGUUAUUGAUAAUUAAUAAUUAAUUUAUGAUAAUUGAAACAUUUUUUGUUUCAAUUUUAUUAUUUAUAAUUAUUAUGGUGGUGAUUAAUGAGUGAAUGGGGGAGAUCAGAAUGGUAUUGAUGCGGUUAUGGCUUGGAAAUAUAAAAAAUGAGUUUUUUUUUUAUUUUAAUUGUAAUUUAAAAAAAAUUAAUAUGAUCAUCAAUCAUAAACAUCAAUAAUUUUAAUUCAUUUAAUUAAUAAAAACUUUAAUUAAUUUUUUUAAGUCUUGAUAAUUAAUUAAAAAUAAUAAUUAAUUAUUGAGACUUGGAAAAUUAAUUAAAUAAAAUAAUUAAGGCCUUAAAAAACAAUAUUAUGAUCCUUAAUAAUUAUUAACAUCAAUAAUUAUAAUUAAUUAAAUUAAUAAUUAAUUAUUAUCGAAUUAAUUAAAUAAAAAUAUUAAGGCCCUUAAUUAUGAUUAACAUCAAAAUUUUAAUUAAUUAAAUUAAUGAGGACUUGAAUUAAUUAUUUGAGUCUUACAAAUUAAUUAAAAUCGAUAAUUAAUUAUUAAAAAGUUAAUUGAAUAAAAUUAUUAAGGCCCUCAAUUAUAAUGAACAUCAAAAUUUUAAUUAAUUAAAUUAAUGAGGACUUGAAUUAAUUAUUGAACAAUUAAUAAAAUAAAAAUAUUGAGGCCCUUAAUUAUAAUUAACAUCAAUAACUUUAAUUAAUUAAAUUAAUGAGGACUUAAAUUAAUCAUUUGAGUCUUAACUAUCAAUUUAAAAAAAAAUUAAAAUUAAUAUUUAAAUGAAUUAAAAUAAAAAAAAAACUCAUUUAAUUGUACAAUUGAAUUAAUUAAAAUACGAUUUAUUUAAAUUGCACAUUUUUCACACGCGUCUUGCGCACAUUUUAAAAUCACACGAACAAACUAAUAGAACAAAAUAAUAACUAAUUAUAAUAUAAUAUUAAUUAUUAAAUUGUAAAACAAUACGAUAGUUAACUUUUAGCCGAGCACAUGUAAGUGAUAUGUAAUAAAAUAUUUAAAAAAAAAAAAAAAAAAUAACCAAUUGCAUAUGUAAAGAAAAACUCGCUGGUUAUCUAUCGCCUAUUGUUCUUUUAUAAUGUCGCCUAAUUAAAGUAAAUAAAUAAAUAUUAAUAUUAAUAAUAAUAAUAAUAAUUAAUAAAUAUUAUAUAUUAAAUAUUAAAUGAAACCCGCCACUACCAAUUCCAAUUAUAAACUUAAAACGGUACCUUUUUAAAUCUUUUUCAUACGAUAUUUAUACGUUUAUACCUUGAUAAUUAAAUAUAUGAUAAAAAAUUGAAAAAAAGAAAAAAAAUUGAUAAUUAAUUAAAUAUUUAAGGCCGUUCUCAAAGUGCCCUCACUUUUUAAAAAAAAUUUAAUUACUUUUAAUUUUAAUGAUCGUAUGAAAUUUUGGAAAUUAAUUUUUUAAAAUUAAAGCCGCUUAAAUUUUUAAAAAAAUUCGGAGUGGAUUCCGAGUCAUUACCGAUUUUUUUAAAAUUCAAAUUUACUCCGAUUCGGCGGGAAAAAAGUCCGCGUUCAUUUAAAAAUUUUUUACACCGGAGUUAAACGAAAUUUUGAAAAUAUCAGUAAAAUCUUUGUCAAAAUUUUAAUUCAAAAUUUAAAAUUUUGUGACUAAAAUUUUGUUUUACUCCUAAUUGAUAAUUAAUAUGAAAAAAUUAAUUUCUAAAAUUUUUAUCUGACAGUUCGAAGUAAAAAAAAAUUUUAAAAAGUGGGGACUGCUGUCUGAGGAUGGCCUUAAAAGCCUAAAGACUUUUGUUAAGGCAGUAGACUCUUAACAAUUUAUAAAAAUUAAAACCUUAAUAUCUAUAAGUGUUAGAGGUAUAAAUUAAUUUUAAAAAUUAUAAAUUAUAAUACUAAUUAUUUUGACUGGCAUUUAAAACAUUAAAUUAAAUAGUAAAAAAUAAAAUUAAAUAAUAAUUAAAAUUGUAUAGUAAUCGUAUGAAAAUUUUCCGUAAAUAACGAUAAUUAACAACGAAAUUAAUUGAAGGAAUGAAUAAAAUUUUUUUAAUUAAAACAAAAAAUCGUGAUCUCGCCGUCACAAGUAAAUUUAAAAAUAAUCGAGGGCAAAAUUAUUUUAAAACUCAAAACUGAAUUGAUUCCCGAUGCAAAAAAAAAGUAAUAAUUUAGAUUUCUUUUUUUUACUUUAAGAUUUAUUGUAAGGUCAUAUUAUAUUAUUAUUUACUUGUUUAAAUCGUAAGUCGAAUUUAAAAAUUUAUUAUUAUAAUUGUAAUGAUAAUGAUAAUUAUAAUUAUAAAUUGAUUUAUUAAUUAAUUAAUUAUUAUUAAUAAUAUUUUUGUAAGUAAUUUUGUGUCGGGGAUAUUUCUUAAUAAAUGAAUGAUUAACGCAGUCUUCAGUAUGAUUCGAUGAGCAGUUAAUAGUAAUUAUUAUACAUUUAUCGAUAAUCUAUAAUAAACUGUGAAACAAUUGUAUAA